UGUGAAUAUAUAUGUCGGUGAAAUCACUCCAAAGUCCGUUUAUAACGCCAUUGUUGAAGUUUAAAGUCGCUCUCCUGCCGGUUGUGAGAGUCCAGGUGAAAACAGCUCCACCCUUGAUACCUGCAGCAGGAAGAGGAAGCGAAACAUCCAGGACAGCUCUCAGCUGCAGAGGUCUGGCCGCUCUGCGCUGCCUGCCCGCCGGCUGCAUCGCCUCCAGAACCACCGCUACAUACAUCCAGGGCCAGAGCCCGGAACCACGUAUCCGAGAAUACUUCUACUACAUUGACCACCAAGGACAGCUUUUCCUCGAUGGCACAAAAGUGAAGAACUUUGUCACCUGCUUCAAAGAUAAACAGUUCCUGGUCUUCUUCUUCAGUCGGCUGCGUUCAAAUCAGAGCGGGCGCUAUGAAGAGGACUUCCCCUUCUUGUCCCUGUGUGGCAGGGAGAGGAACUUCCUGCGCUGCGACGACCGUCCUGUGGUCUUCACCCACCUGCUGCAGGGAGUCACGGGGGAUCAGGAGCUGCUGUCGUACUGCGGCGGGGCCGAGAAGCUGUGCGCCCCGUUCCGCCCAGAGGCGCUGUACAUGCAUCCGGUCAGUGGACGAGUUUACCACCCCUGCUCAGAGCGCGAAGGAGGGGUCGGCCUGGUCAGGUCGGCUCUGGCCAUCGAGUUCAGCCCCUUCUUUGUUUAUGCUCAGGAGGACGGCCAAUCAGGACAGCCCGCGCACUUUCUCUGGGGAGGACAGAAGCACACACUGACCAAUGAGCUCGCAGGGUGCUUCACUGAGGAGGAGGCCAGCGGGCAGCAGGGAGAACUGGGAUAAUCACCUGAACUGGUUAAAGGUGUACCUUUUAGAUUUUGAAAUGCUAUCCUGUGAGAUGUGCAGACAGCAUCGGUGUCCCAUACUGGCAGUGGGAACAGACAACUACUUUCUCACAGCCGUCAAUCACACAUCACAAUGUGAUCGUUGAAGCCUGGGCUGAUGUGUCCUCCUAUCCUGAUUAAUGUGAGAAGUCAAAUUCAGUGAUGAUGCAGUGCGUUUGAUUGUAUUUCAUUGGCUAAAGGAGUUGUUCCCAAACGCUUUCGGCUUGAGACAAACAAAGCAGUGUGUACUUGCCACCCCCCCCAUUACAGAUUGCAUUUGAAACAAAAUUUGUCUUUGCUGGAUUAAUCUGAAUUAUAUUUAUGAUCCUGAAGAGGCAUAACUAUCCAGUAACUGUAAUUGGGUGUAGCAGAAGUAUGUAAUUUCCUGUUAAUCACCUUAAAAACAUAUUUUAUCAUCCUGCCCCCCAGGUUGGAGAGCCUAAUAAAGCUACAGCGGCUGAGAGACAGCAAGCUCAGUGUCAUCGUCACUUUCCUCACACGUUCAGUGUGUCUGCAUGUUUAAAGAUAAAAUUCAGUCACAUGCAAAUCAGAUUCUUAGAUCAAACCUUAAUUAACCCAAACUAAUAUUUAUAGCAAAGUUGAGAGAAGAGAGCAGUUACUUGGCACAUUGAUGGUACUGCGUCAAACGGCAGCAGAACAUACCCACAAAAAUACAUAGCCUACAAAUAUUUAAGUUGUUUAAUAUAUAUCAUAUUCAUAAGAAACAGUUAUAGUGUCUUUGUUAAAAUUACAGAGUAGCAGACAUCUGCAGCAGAGCAUGUAUAAAAUAAAAUACAAUACAAGAAUAUGUGCACAACACCAGGAGCAUUUUCUGGCAACCCGAAGUGUGUUUUGGCAAAAACAACAAACUCUCGACAAGAAUUUUAGAAUAUACUACUGAAUGUAUGCAGUCAGAUCCUUCUUGAAUAAAGUGAACUACUCUGAA